AUGGCCUCUGCCGCUGACCUGAAGACAAAGGGCAACGAGUACUUCAAGAAGGGCGAGUACAAGGAUGCGCUCGCGCAGUACCGCCUCGCCCUGCAAGCUGCCGACGUGACCUCGGACAUCAAGCUUGCUGCACUCAAGAACUCCGCUGCUUGCAACCUCAAACUGGCGUCGAUGGUGACGCGACUGCUGCACGCCAAUGCUGCCGACCAGUUCUCAGCCAUCCUCCUCUCGGGCAACAUCCGUGCGAUCAAGGCGCUUGUGCGCAUCUUUGCUAAAGGGAUUGAGGCUGUGAGCGAGAGCGCAGACGUGACGGCCGCCAUGUCCGAGACGACAACAGCGCUCCUCACACACGUCAUCGCCAUCAUCAAGAACAGGAAGGUUGGACUGGAUGGUCGCGCUGCUGCCGUCAACGCCAUCAUGACAAACGCAAAGCGAGCCGACAUUGCAAAGAGGUUCAUGACGCUUGGCGGUGUGCGUGCGCUGUUGAUCCUCGCUGCCCUGAGCCCCUCCCCACUGCAGCAUGCGCAGGCAGCAGCAGCAGCAGCAGAGGGGAAGAAGCAGGUGACCAAGGGUGACAAGAAGGAAGGAGAUAAAGGCAAGGACGAUACCGCUGGUGCUGGCGAUGCAAAUGACGGCGCGCUUGGACUGCGUGGUGCCAUCUCCGUGACCCUUCAGCGCAUUCAUGAUGCAACCAAGGCCAAAGGACUGCCUGACGAGCAGUUUGUUGCCGACUGCCUCAACCAAGUCAAGUUUGUUGACGACCCCCAGGCCAACCUGCCUGCCACGAAUGUUCUCAUCACCAUCAUGGCCGCUGUUGUUGAUGUCGGCAACCAGAUCCUGGAGCAUGAGGAUGUGUUUGCGCAUCUGAUGAAGAUGGCGCAGUCUUCGGAUAUGGAGGUGCAGUGUGCCGCUGCUGAGGCCAUUGCACACGCCGCAUCAGACAAGAAGCGAGCACGUGGAAUCAUGAUGGAGGGUUUCCCGAUCCUGAAGACGCUGUAUGCAAAGGAGCUGCCUGAUGUGAUUCGUGUGCGGGCGCUGUGCGGCCUGUGCAAGAUGGCGAGUGUUGGCUCUGGCGCCAAGAAUCUUCGCUCCAUGUCCGAACACUCCAUGAUCAACCUCGCAAAGAAACUCAGGCCGUUUCUGCUUGAGUCGUCGCACGAUGACGAUGUGCGCAAGUGGGCGAGCGAGGGUCUGGCGUACCUCAGCCUCGAUGCCGAUGUCAAGGAGCUCAUUUCCAAUGACGAUGCCGUCCUUAAGGCCGUGCACCGCGUCUGCGUCGGCCAAGACACGACCAUCCAGUUUUCGCUGGCGAACAUGCUUGUGAAUUUGACCAACAGCUUCGACAAACCGGAGGCAUCCGAGGAGCAGGAACAGCUGAAGAAACUCGGCAAGUUUGCCGGAGAAAACAUCCCCGAGCCGCAUGAGAAGGACGCAGAUGAGUUUGUCCAAAAGCGAGUUGACCGGCUGGUUGAGCACGGGUUCGUGACGGCGCUGGUGCAGCUCUCAAAGACCCAGAGCGAGGGAACCCGCGAACAGGUUGCGCGUGUGCUGCUUGCGCUGACGGAGAAGCAGCAGCAUCGUGGCACCGUUGUUGCCCAGGGCGGCGCGCGCGUACUGCUCGAACUCGCCCGCGAAAACACGGACAAGGGCAUGAUCAAGGCUGCCCACGCGCUUGCAAAGAUUGCAAUCACCACAGACCCAACGAUUGCGUUUCCUGGUCAGCGCGUCGCCGAACUCGUCAAGCCACUCGUCAAACUCUCAAGGGAGCGCAACGGGCUGAUGAUGUUUGAGGCGGCAAUGGCCAUGACAAACCUUGCUUCCAUCAAUGAUGACCUCAGGAACAAGCUGCUGCGAGACAAAGCGGUUGCGCGGUUGGAGGACAUGAUGUUUGAUGAGGAUCCACUCAUUCGCCGCGCAGCAACAGAGGGGCUCUGUAACUGCUUCUACUCGGAGAAAAUCUUCGACCAGUUUGCGAAGAAGGAUGGCGCGAGCUUUGAGCGACUGAAGCUCUGGAUUCUCUUCGCCGGCGUUGAGCAGGACGACUUUGACCUCCCGACGUGCCGUGCUGCGAGCGGCGGACUGGCGAUUUUGUCCAGCAGCCCCGACGUGUGUCAGCGCAUUGUGGACGAGAAGCAAGGCAUGCAGGUCCUCAAGGAGCUCAUGGUGUGCGGAGAGGCUGAGCUGCAGCAUCGUGGCCUCCACAUUGCUCGCAACAUGGUGGCAACCAGCAAGGAGAUUGCACAGCAUUUUACGGAGCAAGAAAUGCUCGUGAUCAUCACAGCACUGGAAGUCACGUCCACCAACGUCACCAUCAAGCAAUACACCCUCAACAUUCUGGAGCAGCUUGCCAAGUACGGGCUGGUUGAGUCUGUUGAAGCCGUGCGCAAGUCUGCCGUUGGCGCUGCUGCGGAGAUACAGGCAAUGCGCCAACGCUGGCAGGAGGAGGCAAAGGCGCGGCAGGAGGAAGAGGAAGAGGAAGAGGAACUGAGUGAUGCCGAUGAUGAUGGUGAUGACAAGGAAGAGGAGGAGGUGGAGGAGAUUGAAGCAGACACGACGAAGAAGAUGGAGAAGACGAAGAAGAAAGGCGACAAGAAAGCGGAUGAUGUGGAGGAAGCGCCACAAUACGUUGCGCCCGCACGCCCUGAUGAUGACACGGGACCCAAGGUGGAGAUCCUCGAGGAAUAGCCAACGCACACAGCCACGCACGCGCUUGUCUGUGUGUGUGUGUGUGUGUGUGUGUCUGUGUCUGUGUGUGUGUGUGUGUGUGUGUGUGUCUGUCUGACCUUGCCACCUCUAUAUGUGCCACCCUCCCCCCCCCCCUCAAUCGUGCACACCAAUCCCUUACCUGCGUCUCACGUGCUGCCUCCACAUCCUCCCUCAACAUGCUCAAUUGGAGCUCUCGCAUAAACCCCGGUCUCUUG